AUGGAGAAGAGGAAGAAGAAGGAGGACGACGAGAAGAGGGUCAGGUGGCAGCGGCGGCGCGGCGGGGCCGUGGGCGAAGUUUCCCCAGCGAUCUCCUCCCCGAGAUCCUCCUGUCUCUACCGGUCGCUCUGCCGCCGGUUCAAGUGCGUGUCCAGGGCUUGGCUCGCGACCCCGCCGUCCGGAAGAGGUCUCCCCAGACGCUCUCCGGCUUCUUCUGCUGCUCCCUCCGCCACGGCCGCUCGCGCCUCGACUUCCUCAACCUCUCCGGAUGGGGCCGGCCGUGCGCUAGUCGACCCCUCGCUCCGUUUCGUGCGCGGCUACCAAGAGGUCAAGCCCCUGCACUGCUGGGGCGGCAUCCUCAUCUGCUACUGCUGGAGAGUAGACAUGCAGGAAACUGAACAAGUCGUGUGCAACCCCGCCACCGAGGAAAUCUGGGCCGUUCUGACCGCGCCUUGGAAUGAACUGAUGAAGAACCUCAACAACACCCACCUAUGUUUCAACCCUGCCAUUCCGAGCCGCUUCACGGUGUUCGUGUUCAUGCACGAUCAGGGGAAACUGAUACGCUGGAUAGUUGCGGUGGACACCGAGGGGAAGACUUGGAGGAGAAUUCAAAUGCUGCACCGCAUUGAUUCUUCUGGUAUCAUUGGGCAGUCGCAGGGGCGACUAUGCGCUGCGUGUAUAGGCCGCGAAAAUGGCUGCCAGCUGUCAGUUUGGGUUCUUGAGGAUUAUGCUAGUGGAAAGUGGACCUUGAAGCAUACUGCCAGCGUUUUGGAACUGUUAGGAAGGCCUCGCCUCCAAACCGGUGAACUCUACAUGUUAAUUGCAAUCCAUCCAGAACAUAAUUUGAUUUUCCUUGAAGGCGGGGUGAGACCGGAAGAAACACUUAUGUCGUACGAUAUGGAUAGCAAGAAACUGCAAGUUAUCUGCUCUCUUGGAGAAUCCCAGGCGUGGAGAUUCCAGCCUUACAUUCCCUGUUUUGCGGAAAGGCCGUCAGCAUCAGAUGGUCACGAGCAGCUUAACAUUUGCCAAGUCGGCAUGACUCCGGUGCCUUAUGAAAUUCAGAUGUUGGGUAUGGUCCAGAUUCUCCUAGUUUUGGGCAGUGGAUUGGAUAAGUCCUAUAUCUACCCCAAUUUGGUUUUCUUGUCUGUUGGUAUUCAGGAUCUUCAGGGCGCCUUUGAACAAUGUUGGCUAGCCUUGAACAUUUUGUAA